AUGAGCGCAAACACAUAUUCUGAUCUCAUGUACUACACAACAAACUCCGACUAUCUGCCGGCUGCGUUGUAUUUCGGCGCUGGUAUCAUGAUCAUGCUCCUGUGGCUAGUCAACUUGCUCAUUGCUGUCAUUACUUCAUCCUUCCAGGUCAUUCGGGAAGAGAGCAGAGCUAGUGCUUUCACUGCUGACGAAGAUAAUUUCAUGUCCAAGCGUCCAGACGAGAAGAUCAAGAGGGUUUCAGCUCUGCAGAGAAUGUACAACAAAACUCAAUGGUUCUGGGUUGUUUGCAUUGCAUUCGAUCUUCUUUGCCAAUCCGUACGAAGCUCGAGGAUGAAGCAAGAUCGGGCAACAUUCAUCCACAACUCAGAGAUCAUCGUGACAAUCCUACUCGAUAUCGAGAUCAUCAUCCGCCUCGCCGCAAACUUCCGCCGCUUUCACCGCAACCCCCGAAAUCUUGUUGAUUUCACGCUUGCUGUGAUCACCUCAAUCAUCCUCAUUCCACCAAUCUAUAACUCUGGACAACCCUACGCGUGGCUAUCCGUCUUCCAAAUUCUCAGAGCUUACCGCGUGGUCCUGGCAGUACCAAUGACACGAAAACUUAUCCAGCUUGUGCUGGGUAAUGCUACCGGUAUAGGCAAUCUAAUGCUGUUCGUCUUCUUGAUGACGUUCCUGAUGGCAAUUUUUGCCUGUCAGUUAUUUCGCGGGGAGAUUCCUCAGCAGGAUUCCAGUGGCGAUGAUAUUGAGAUCACUUUCCGCUCAAUUUGGAAUGCCUUCCUCGGAAUGUAUCAGAUCCUCUCAAGUGAAAACUGGACCGCAAUCCUGUAUAACGUCACUUCAUACACCACCGGUUUCCACACAGCUUGGGUUGGAGGCGUAUUUCUAAUUGGCUGGUUCAUCUUGUCGUUCUUCAUUCUCGUCAAUAUGUUCAUUGCUGUCAUUCAGGAGAACUUUGACGUAGGUGAAGAUAUCAAACGCUUGGAACAAGUUCGGGCAUUCCUGCAGCGGAAGGAACUGGGAAGCAAUUCUAGCAACUUGGCUCUUUCAACUAUCUUCGCCUUUGGACGAUCGCGCAAGAGGAAAGAUCCUUUGGAUUACGGCCCGGCUAUGAUGGAAAUGCUACUCAAAGAGGCAGUCGUCCGCGAUUUCCUCGAUGAGGCCAUGGAUCCUCUUCAGCAGACCCCGACCGAGGGUCAGACUCCAUCAUCACAGCCUACCAACGCUGGUAGUGUGAAGCCUGGUAUCUUGUCCACGAUUUGGGGCAAAUUGGUUUCGACUUUUACCAGCAAGGAUCCCAACCCGUUCUACUCAAAUGUGCGAUUUGAUAGCAAUAAUGAAGCGCUUGAUCCCCGCCAAAUGGCUCGCCAGGUAGUCUCUGCUUCUGCUGAGCGUCGUAAAGCGCAGCGAGCGUACCUUGCUAGACAUCCAACAUACAACAACUCACUGUUCAUGUUUACCCCAAAGAACAAGAUCAGGCGUUUGUGCCAACGACUUGUUGGUCCAGGGCGGGGCACCGAACGUUUUGACGGUGUAGAGCCAAACAAGAUCGCUUGGUAUACAUUCUCGGCAUUUAUCUACAUUACAAUCGUUGUCAUGGUUGUCCUCGCUUGUGUCACCACUCCACUUUACCAGAGGGAAUACUUCCAACAUCAUCCUUUCAGUGUAAAGAACUGGUUUGUGUGGACGGACAUGGCUUUCGCAGCUGUUUUCACUGGCGAAGCGAUGAUCAAGGUCAUUGCUGAUGGGUUUCUCUGGACGCCAAAUGCUUAUUUCCGCAGCUCGUGGGGCAUAAUCGACGCUGUGGUGCUGAUAACACUCUGGAUCAACGUGAUUACCCUUUUCACGAACGAUGGUGCAGUUUCUAGGGCAGUCGGUGCGUUCAAGGCUCUGAGAGCGCUUCGAUUGUUGAACGUCAGCGACAGUGCUAGAGAAACCUUCCACUCACUUAUUAUCAUUGGAUGGUGGAAGAUUCUCAGUGCUGCCUUCGUCUCUAUCUCCCUCUUGAUUCCUUUCGCCAUUUAUGGUGUCACCCUUUUCAACGGCCAGUUGGUGCAAUGCAACGAUAGUGACGGUAUCCGAAUUCUUCAGAAUUGCUUUGCCGAAUUCAACAGCACGCCUUUCAACAGCGACUGGCCUAUGCUUGCACCUCGAGUCGCGGCUAACCCUUACUUCAGCUUUGAUGAUUUCGGUUCAUCAUUGUUCAUUCUCUUCCAGAUUGUCAGUCAAGAGGGAUGGGUCGAUGUCUCUUUUGCAGCGCAGGCCAUCACUGGGAAAGGUCUCCAGCCCGAGUUCCAAGCUUCUCAAGGGAACGCAGUGUUCUUCGUGGUGUUCAAUCUCUUGGCCACUGUCUUCGUGCUCACCUUGUUCAUUUCCGUCUUCAUGCGGAAUUACACGGAACAGACAGGUGUUGCUUUCUUGACGGCCGAACAGCGGUCCUGGCUGGAGCUUCGCAAACUCCUUCGUCAGAUCUCGCCUUCCAAGAGCUCGUAUGAUGAAUCGAAGAAAAAGUGGAAGAAGUGGUGCCAUAAAAGAGCCAUCGAAAAGAGGGGCAAGUGGUACAUCGGGAUAACCGUGAUCCUUGUCUUUCACCUCAUCCUGCUAUUGCUCGAAUUCUAUCAGGAGCCUGAAUGGUGGACCAGGACAAGAGAUAUUAUCUUCCUUGUCUUCACUUUGAUAUACAUGGCAAAUAUCUUGAUUCGAGUCAUUGGUCUGGGCUGGAGUCGCUUCCGUCGAAGCUCCUGGGAUCUCUAUUCGCUGGUCGCGGUUACGGGAGCUUUUGCCACAUCAGUCCUCUUCCUCACAAGGACACACUACGAUACCUACAUUCAACUCCACAAGUUCUUCCUUGUGGCUAUCGUGUUGCUCCUCAUCCCACGAAAUGAUGCGCUUGACCAGCUGUUCAAGACGGCUGCUGCUAGUCUCACGACUAUUGGCAACCUACUGGCAACUUGGCUUGUAUUCUUCCUGGUUUUCGCCAUCGGUCUCACUCAAACAUUCAGCUUGACACGAUUUGGCGAGUCGGAGGACAAUAAUGUCAACCUCCGGACCGUGCCGAAUGCGCUUAUCCUGCUAUUCCGCAUGAGUACCGGCGAGGGCUGGAAUCAAAUCAUGGAAGACUUUGCAACGGUGAAGCCUCCUUUCUGCGUGGAGAGCUCCGAGUUCUAUGACAGUGAUUGUGGUAGUACUGCCUGGGCUCGUGUUCUUUUCAUCGCGUGGAACAUUCUCAGCAUGUAUAUCUUUGUCAACUUGUUCGUGUCGCUCAUCUACGAGAGUUUCUCGUAUGUGUACCAGCGCUCGAGCGGCCUAGCCGUCGUUGAUAGAGAUGAAAUUCGACGUUUCAAAGAGGCUUGGCGAAGCGUUGAUCCCGCCGGCACAGGCUUCAUCAGCAAGGAGGCUUUCCCUCGUCUCCUUGGAGAGCUAUCUGGUGUCUUUGAGAUGCGCAUCUACGAUGCGGAAGACUCAGUGAGCCAGAUCUUGGAAGACGUACGAAGCGAUGUCCGGACAUCAAGACACACUUCAAUUGCCACGCAGAGUGCCUACUCCGGCGUCGAUAUAGUGAAGCUCAACCAGAGGUUAGCUCAGAUCGAUGUCGCCAAGGUGCGGGAGCGCCGUCGUCGGUUCAACAUCUUCUUUGAGGAAGUCAUGGUCUCCGCCGAUCCGGACAGGGGAAUUUCUUUCACGACUGUACUUAUGAUCCUGGCUCAUUACAACAUCAUUAGCGACAGCAAGAGCUUACGACUUGAGGAGUUCUUGCGUCGCCGUGCCCGGCUCCAGCGCGUUGAGGAAGAAGUCCGUCGGCGAAUCGUUCUCGGCUUCUUCGACACAUUGUAUUGGUCUAGGAAAUUCAAGCGACACAUGGAGAGCAAGCGGUCGGCACGCAUGACAGGUGUUCCUCAGCUUGAUGUCCCAGACAUCCUUGUCGACGACGAGGAGGAGCGCGAAGCCAGGAAGUCUCGGCAGCAAUCAGUGGCAUCCACCGCAGGCGAGGCGCCGCACCGAGCAUCCUCAACCUUCCUCAGCCCGGAGGAAGCUCGGGCGCAUCACAGGACAUGGUCUGGAGCCAGUCAGGAUCUGUCUCUCCAUGAUACCAACUAUGCGCACCCUCUGAGUCUUCCUCGGGCACAGCCCAUGACACCGGGUGGUCAGCACCGCUCUACUGUUUCCGCCUUCAGUUUUGAACUGCAAGAGCCAAACUCCGAGCAUAACUCGGCUGCUAGUAGUAGACGAGGGAGCGCGGUCAGUCCGGCACAGGUUAGAGAGAUGCUAGAUGACUCGGUGUGGGUUGAGAGUAUCCGUCGUAGCGCGACGAUGAGGCGGCCGCCUGACUGGGGUGGCUAUAGGUGA